ACUUGCACGCUCGAAGAGUGUUUUGACGUUCCGUGAGUGAUUCCUGUGCAGUUUUUUCUCAAAAAAGCGUUUUUCCGCGUUCAGAAUGGCCCUUCGCGCACAAUUUGAGAAUAAAGAUGAUAUUGGGGUGUUCAGCAAACUCACAAAUUCAUACUGCCUUGUGGCAAUUGGUGGAUCGACCAAUUUUUACAGCGUCUUCGAGGCAGAGUUGGCAGAGACAAUCCCUGUGGUGCAUGCCAGCAUAGCGGGAUGUCGUAUCAUUGGGCGACUAAUCGUGGGAAAUAGACAUGGAUUGCUGGUUCCCAAUUCCACGACGGAUGUGGAGCUGCAGCAUCUGCGAAACAGCCUGCCAGAGAGUGUAAAGAUCCAGAGAGUCGAGGAGCGCUUGUCCGCUCUGGGGAACGUGAUAUCAUGCAAUGAUUAUGUGGCGAUUGUGCAUCCAGACCUGGACAAAGAGACCCAAGAGAUUCUCGGCGACACACUCAAUGUGGAGGUUUUCCCGCAAGUUAUUGCCAACAAUGUCCUUGUGGGAUCAUACACAGUGCUGAGCAAUCAGGGAGGGCUGGUGCAUCCCAAGUCCACAAUAGCUGAGCAGGAUGAGCUAUCCUCGAUGCUGCAGGUGCCAAUAGUGGCGGGGACAGUGAACAGGGGAAGCGAUGUCCUCGCGGCUGGUCUCACCGUGAAUGACUGGUGUGCUUUCUGCGGGAUGAGCACAACUUCCACGGAGGUGGCAGUGAUAGAGAGUGUCUUCAAGUUGAAUGAAGCCAAGCCAACAAAUGUAACCAACGAAUUGAGGACAUCUAUCAUUGAGACAAUGUGGUAAAACCUCUGCUGCCGAUCAACAAGGUGUAUCUUAUUCAUAUGUGAAGCUAAUUGAGAGAAUAUCUUUAAUUGUGAAAUUUACAAAAAAUCAUACAUGUAAGCGUAUUGAAGAAAAUAUACCUAUAAUAACGUGUAA